AUUAUGCAGAUUUUCUGGACGUCGAAGGAGGAGGGCUGGAGGCUGGGCCAGCGGAAUGCUACGUGUCUUGGAAGUCCCUUUUAAAAAAAAAAAAAAGAAGUAAAAACCCCAUCCGUCUUCUUCGAGUACCGCAGCCAAAAGUUUUGAGAUUUACAACUCAAACGAGCGGCUCAUCCUCGCAGGCCCGUGUGUGUGUGUGUGCAGCAGACCAGCCCCGUGUUCAGCAGUCGUCGGCGUGUAAUACACUUUGUGGGGGAAAAAUGUCUGGAGUGAAAAAGCUUUGCACGGAUCUCAACAGAUCGACUAAUGUGGUUUACCAGGCCCACCAUGUAAGCCGAAGCAAGAGGGGGCAGGUUGUGGGAACCAGGGGAGGCUUCAGAGGCUGUACCAUUUGGCUCACCGGUUUGUCCGGGGCCGGAAAGACCACCAUCAGUUUUGCACUGGAAGAGUUCCUGGUGUCUCAUGCUAUCCCCUGCUACUCACUGGAUGGAGACAACAUUCGCCACGGCCUGAACAAGAAUCUUGGCUUCUCAGCAGGCGAUCGAGAGGAGAACAUCCGUCGUAUUGCUGAGGUGGCCCGACUGUUUGCAGACGCCGGGCUGGUGUGCGUCACAAGUUUCAUCUCUCCUUUCUCCAAGGAUCGUGAAAGCCAGAAGAUUCACGCAAGUAACGGGUUGCCAUUUUUCGAGGUGUUCAUCCAUGCUCCUCUUGAGGUGUGCGAGAGCCGGGAUGUAAAAGGACUUUACAAGAAGGCUCGUGCUGGAGAGAUCAAAGGUUUCACUGGGAUUGACUCAGAUUAUGAACGCCCUGAGAUUCCCGAUCUUGUGCUUAAAACCGGUGAGCUCACGGUGAACGAAUGCCUCCAUCAAGUGUUGGAGCUGCUCAGGGACCAGGAUAUUGUACCCAGCGAGAUCAUGGAGGAGUUGAAGGAGCUCUUUGUCCCGGAGAACAAGCUGAAUCUCGCUGUGGCUGACGCAAACACGCUCCCCACCAUCAGCAUCACCAAGUUGGAUCUGCAGUGGGUGCAGGUUUUGGCAGAGGGCUGGGCGAGCCCUCUGAAAGGCUUCAUGAGAGAGAGAGAGUUCUUGCAGGUCUUGCACUUUGGCAACCUGUUGGACGGCGGGGCUAUCAACCUGACUGUUCCCAUCGUCCUGCCUGUCAGCGCUGAGACCAAACAGCAGCUGGACGGCUGUGCGGCCAUUGCUCUGGAGUACCAGGGUUCACGUGUGGCUGUCCUUAGGAACCCCGAGUUUUAUGAACAUCGUAAGGAGGAACGCUGUGCCAGGCAGUGGGGCACCACAUGUCCACAGCACCCUUACAUUAAGAUGGUUAUGGAGGGAGGUGAUUGGCUGGUCGGUGGUGACCUGGAGGUUCUGGAGCGAAUCAAAUGGAACGAUGGACUUGACCAGUACCGCCUCACUCCACAGCAGCUCAAGCAAAAGUUCAAAGACAUGAAAGCAGAUGCCAUUUUUGCUUUCCAACUUCGUAACCCCGUACACAACGGUCAUGCCCUGCUGAUGCAGGACACCAAGCGGCGCCUUCUGGAUCGUGGCUACAAGAAUCCAGUCCUCCUGCUGCACCCACUCGGAGGCUGGACCAAAGACGACGACGUGCCUCUGGACUGGCGGAUGAAGCAGCAUGCUGCUGUCUUGGAGGAGGGCGUCCUGGACCCGGCCAACACCAUUGUGGCCAUCUUCCCCUCACCUAUGAUGUAUGCUGGGCCCACAGAGGUUCAGUGGCACUGUAGAGCUAGAAUGAUCGCUGGAGCAAACUUUUACAUUGUUGGCCGGGACCCUGCUGGCAUGCCUCACCCAGAAACUAAACAGGACCUCUAUGAACCCACUCACGGGGGCAAGGUCCUCACCAUGGCACCAGGUCUCACCUCUGUGGAGAUCAUCCCCUUCAGGGUGGCUGCAUACAACAAGACUAAGAAGGCUAUGGACUUCUACGACAAAGCCAGACAUGCUGACUUUGAAUUCAUCUCUGGAACCAAGAUGAGGAACAUGGCUCGAAGCGGAGAGAACCCUCCGGAAGGUUUCAUGGCCCCAAAGGCCUGGAAGGUGCUGGUGGAGUACUACACCUCGCUGCAGAAGGACAAGUAGUAGACAUAGUCAUCCAGCUGGCCAGACAACAGCGUACUGUAAAAGGAUACAAGAGGUUCUUAAGAGGGUAUUUUAGAUAGAUUUUUGUAAAAUCACUUAUAAAAUAUGCACAUUAAGAAUUAUGUAUUUGCUACAAAUAAUGAGUUGUGGGUGUUUUAUAUAAGUCUUCACCAAACCAAAAUGAAUCUUCUUACAGCAGUUAAGAAAUAGAAUUUUUACCUUCCUAUAAAACAAUGUGAUUUAUAAAUCCAUUGUAUGUUUAUAUGCAAAUUAACUUAAGCUAUGUAUUUUAAUAAAUUAAAAUUAACUUGAGAUUCUUUUUUUAUUUUUAGUUGGGUUUUUUUGGAGCACAUUCCAAAACAGAAGACAUUUUUGAUAUUUGCAUGUAAUUAUCUGAAGGAUGUGAUACAUAAAAGAAACGUAUAGAUUUCACUUUUUUGAUAGCAUUUUAUGGAAAUGGUCAUGUUAUUAGUAUACGAGCUGAAUGAGAGUCGGUGUCAGUUUUUUUCACUACCUAAAGCGCCUCUUUACAUGUAUGGAUGUUGAUUAAUUCAUCAUGUUUCAUAUUGUUGGGAAAUACAACCUAGAUAUAAAUGUGUCAAAAUGUGAAAGUGCCUUACUCUGAAAAUGUCAACAUUGUAAAUCAGAAACUGCACGAAUCUCUGACUGGUGUUGUCUAUAAUGUCUCUGACAACUGUGUGAUUGUAUGAGAGGGCAUGUGCAUUCAUAUAAUAAUAAAGACCUGAAGGACAAAGGUUGUCCAAUUCAGUAAUAAAGUAA